CAGGCGCACAGUGCUCUGGCUAACGUCAAUGGCGUUGCUAGGUGGCAGGCCAGGCCCAUCUACACAUUGGCGCAGAGGGGCGGGGCUCGUUCUCCUCCCGACUUCGACCAGUCCAAUUUUUUUCCAGCAUGCAAAUUAAGGGGCGUGGCUACCCCAUCCACCCCACUCCUCUACUGGAGCGAGAGGCGGGGCCAGGCGGCUCCCGGCACGCCAUUGGCUCAGGGCGCGGGCCCGGCACCGUCCCCUCGCCACCCGAAUCGCCCCCUUCAGCAUCGCGCGUGCGGAUUGGCUGCAGGCUGCGGCGCGGCGGGGGCCAAUCGCCGCGCGCCGUGUAGCGGAGUCUGGGCGCGAGGAGACCGGAGCGGGCUGCGGCUGCGGCCGGGGCAGCAGCAUGGCGGAGGAGCUGGCACCGGGGCUGUUCUUCCAGCACCAGUACAUGUGCUCCGAGUGCGGUCUGCUCUACAACACGCUGGAGGAGGUGGUGCUGCACCAGCAAAGCCACCUGGGUGAUCCCGCCCCCCCACCCGACCCCCACUACCAGUGCCUGGACUGCGGCCGCGUCCUGCUGUCCCCGGAUGAGCUCCUGGCCCACCAGAGCCAGCACCCGCGCCCGGCGCCAGCACGCCAGCCCACACCCAUCCCUGCCCCCGGCCAGAUCCGCUACCAGUGCGGUGAGUGCCAAGAGCUCUUCCCCUCGCCUGAGCUGUGGCUCACGCACCGCCAGAGCCACACGCCCAUGCCACCUGUGCACCCCUAUGAGUGCUCUGAGUGUGCCGGGCUCUUCCCCACCCCUGAGGAGCUCCUGGAACACCAGGGCGAGCACUUCGCUGAGACUGAGAAGGAGAGCAGCGAGCCAGCCGCCCCCGAGGCCCCCAAGCCUGAGCCAGCCAGCCCAGCACCAGCGCCACCCGAACCCCCAGAUGCGCUAGUGCCUGCAGCAGCAGGGGAGGAGUUCACCUGCGCUGAGUGCCCACGGGUCUUCAGUACAGCCAACCGGCUGGUGGCACACCAGCGUGCCCACAUUGAUGGCACACAUGAGUGUCCGCGCUGCAGUAAGGUCUUUAAGAAAGCAGCAUCACUGGAGCAGCACCUGCGGCUCCACACGGGUGAGGCCCGCUACCUCUGCGUGGACUGCGGCCUGGGCUUCGGCACCGAAAUGACGCUAGUGGGGCACCGGCGCAGCCACACGGCCAACCCGCUGCACCGCUGUGCCUGUGGCAAGGCCUUUAGCAACAUGACCAAGUUCCUCUACCAUCGCCGCACCCAUGCCGGCAAGAGCGGCUCGCCACCAGCCCGCCCACGCCCACCAGACCCCACACCAGCACCGCUGCCCACCACCACACCAGGCACCUUCCCAUGCCCGCAGUGCGGCAAGGCCUUCUCCAGCCAUCCACGCUUGGUACGGCACCGGCGCCUGGUGCACAUACUGGAACGUAAGCACCCCUGCCCCACAUGCGGGAAGCCCUUCAAGAAGCUGGUACACGUGCGUAAUCACCUGCGCACACACACAGGUGAGCGCCCCUUCCAGUGCUGCGAGUGCGGCAAGACCUUUGCCUCACAGGCCAAUCUGGCACGCCACCACCUCACACACACCGGCGAGCGGCCCUACCAGUGCGACGUGUGCCACAAGCGGUUCACGCAGUCCUCCAACCUCCAGCAGCACCGGCGCCUGCAUGGCCCGCGUGAGCGGUGCCGCCGGGAUGUGGCAGCAGGAGUGGUGCAGCGGGCACGGGGUGGGCAGCGCCGCCUGGCCUGUGUGCUGUGUGGCAAGGCCUUUGCCAACUGGAGCAGGCUGAGCCGGCACCAGCGCUGCCACGCGGGGCUCCGGCCACACCAGUGCCCGCUCUGCACCAAGAGCUUUGGGGCAGCCUCAGGGCUGCGGCUGCACCAGCGCACACACACAGGCGAACGCCCCUUCCCCUGCCCUGACUGCCCCAAGGCCUUCCGCCAAGCCACACACCUGCAGGAGCACCGGCGCCUGCACACAGGCGAGCGCCCCUACCGCUGCCCACUCUGCCCCAAGGCCUUUGUGCAGGCCAUGCACCUGGCUGAGCACCGGCGCACACACACAGGCGAGCGCCCGCACCGCUGCCCACUCUGCCCCAAAGCCUUCAAGACGCUAUCCAACCUGCGCAGCCACCGCCGCACCCACGCCACAGUGCCCACCCCCCCCGCGCCUGUCACUGCACCACCCACCCAGACCAUCAUGUGCACCGAGUUUGGGGAGGCCAUUGCCAUCAUUGAGACAGCCGAGCCACUGCCACUGGCUGAGACGAUCGAGAUCUACCAGGCCGCCUUCGAGGGCAACCUCCAGCUGGACGCUCUGCAGGUCAACGCCUUCGUAUAGGGCCGGGCCGGGGGGCCUCCCCUCCCCCCUGCACCUCGCCCCCUCCCCGCACUGUAAAUAAAAAUUCUGGUUUCAGCCCCUUG